ACCAUAGAGGCAGCUAGACAUGGCGUCUUCCUUUCUUGCCGGUGAGCGACUGGUACAAGCUUUGGGCCCCGGCGGGGAACUGGAGUCAGAGCAGCUGCCCCGGAAGCUGCGAGCCGAACUAGAGGCCGCGCUGGGGAAGAAGCACACGGACGGUGAUAGCCCUAGUGGCCCCCGACGCUUAGUUUCCUUCCGUCUAAUCCGGGAUUUGCACCAGCACCUGAGAAAAAGGGAUUCCACACUAUACCUUCAUGAACUCCUGGAAGGCAGUGAAAUCUAUCUCCCAGAAGUUGUGAAGCCUCCCCGGAACCCAGAGCUAGUUGCCCGGCUUGAGAAGAUUAAGAUACAACUGGCCAAUGAGGAAUAUAAGCGGAUCACUCGUAAUGUCACCUGUCAGGAUUCACGCCAUGGUGGGAUGCUCAGUGACCUGGGAAAACAAGUAAGGUCAGUGAAGGCUCUAGUCAUCACCAUCUUCAACUUCAUUGUCACAGUGGCAGCUGCCUUUGUUUGCACUUACCUUGGAAGCCAGUAUAUCUUCACAGAAAUGGCCUCGCAAGUGCUGGCUGCAUUGAUCGUUGCCUCAGUGGUGGGUCUAGCCGAGCUGUAUGUCAUGGUGCGGGCAAUGGAAGGUGAGUUGGGAGAACUGUAACUGGUGCUUCAUCAACAAAAUCUGGAGAAGAUUUGGGGGGCCCCAGGCCCCCAACUGCUGAUAACCAACUCAAUCAACCUGUGAAGCUCUUUGUACUCAGCUCCAAUUAGUCAGAGGACCAGGCUAGGCCACCUCCUGUUCUUACAGGAAGCCCUGUCUUCUGUGAAUUUCCAGAGGGAGCAUUGAAGGAGAUUCAAACAACACCACUUCUUUAAAACUGAAAGAACUGACCUCUCAAUACCUUUCUCCUGAACUCAGUGCCCAUUUGCCUUCUUCAGUUCAUUCUGGGCACUGCUGGGACUGGGGUUUUUUUCAGCAGGAGCAAAUGGAAUCCAGGCCUUCUCAGAAGUAGACCCUACUGCUUUGAACUUGCCCAAGUGCACAAAUCAAUCAAAUCCUUCGUCUGUACAUCUUUGGUACAGGCCUAUAAUUGAGAGCAGAAGCCUCCAAGAAAGCAGAAAGGCUUCCUUUCUCAGUUUAUGCUGGAAGAGGAACCAGAGGACAGGUAUCAAAUAAGAGAAAGAAAGGUUGGUAUGGUAUGGUAGAUCUGGAAGCCAAGCAGCUACCUUUUUGGAAAAGGAAGUGGUGUUGGGCCCCUUUUCCAGAAGGCAAAACAGUCUAGACUGAGACCAAAUGGCCAGCUAUGGUCUUUCUUCUGUUGAUUGGAGCCAAAGAUUCCUAUGUUGCCCUGAUGUCUCUAACAUUAAACUUCUGAGAACUUAGAUAAGUGGUAUGAUAGUAGAAUCUUUAUAUGGAGUUUGAAAGUGUAUCAACCUUAAGUUAUUUAUCCAAUAAAUAUUUAUUGU